AUGAAACCAAACUACUGCAAAGUAGAAACUGCAGAUGAUCUUCUAGAGGAUAAUACGGAAUAUAGACAAGCAGUAGGGGCAUUAUUACAUAUUGCAACAAUUAGCAGACCAUGUAUAGCAUGCGCCGUCAAUCUACUGAGUGGAAGAAACGAAAAAACUCGGAAAAUAGAUUGGAAUGCUGUCAUUCGAUACUUAAAUACAACUAAAGAUUUGAAGUUGGUUUUUAAAAAAGUUCAAGAACCUAUACUAACUGCAUAUUCCAAUGCAGCUUUGGCAAAUAACAGAACAACUAGAAAAUACAUUAGCAUAUACUUAUUCAAACUAGGAAAUAACUGCGUUUCAUGGAGCAGGAAAAGGCAAAACUGCACUACAUUAUCUUCAACUGAAGCAGAAUAUAUUGCAGCAGCUAAUACAGCACAAGAAGCACAAUGGUUGUUAAAUUUACUUAAAGAUCUAAAACGAGACAAAAUCUACUGA